GGGUUCAUGACAAGUGCCGGCUUGAAAAAAAGACCACUUCCACUUGUGAGCCAGUGUUUUUCGUGGCAAAAACUCUUCAAAUGCCCAUUUACAUGCGGAAAUAGUGGUGGUAAGUGAGCAUUUAGUGACGCGGGCAUCCGUAGAAUGUGCGGGGUGAGUGCUGGAAUAGGGGAGCAGCUGUGCGACAGUGGCUAUUAAUAGAUGUCCGGGAAGGGGGCUGCAUGGAUGGCCGAAAAGAUGUCGCGAUAAGGGAAGUUCGAGCAAUUGGCAGCUAUUAUUAGCGAAAGCGUUGUGUAUAUGAAGGAGAAGGCGUGAUAAUUUGCGGAUAGAGGCGAAUUGAGUGAAGGGGAAAAUGGCACAGCGAAAGAAGCUCAUCUGCUAUGCUCUAUUCGGUGCUCUAAUUGGCUUCUGCAUUGGGAUGUAUCUGAGGAGCUAUCGCGUGAUUGAGAUAGCAAAUAACUGCCAAUUUAGGUCCGGAUUGCGAUUUCAAGGUCCACUGAAAUUCAUCAACUUGGAAGCAAAUGAACUCCCGAGCAAUUCACAGAACAAUCUGGUGCUAAUUGGCGUGAUGACGGCCAAAGACUUUCUACGGGAGCGCACAAAGGCCGUCUUUGAUACGUGGGGCCAGAGUUUUCCCGGUCGCAUUGCCUUCUUCAGCUCCGAAGGGUCCUAUUUGCAGGGAUUGCCAAUAAUUGGGCUCAAGGGGGUCGACGACCGAUACCCGCCGCAGAAGAAAUCAUUCAUGAUGCUGCACUAUAUGUACGAGCACUACAUUGAUAAGUUUGAGUGGUUCAUUCGAGCGGACGAUGAUGUCUUCAUUCGGACUGAUAAAUUGGAGCACUUCUUGCGAUCGAUCGAUAGCUCAAAGCCGCAGUUUAUCGGUCAAGCUGGCAAGGGCAAUAGUGAAGAAUUUGGCCUCCUGUCUCUUGAGUAUGAUGAGAACUUUUGCAUGGGAGGACCUGGAGUCAUCCUCAGUCGAGAAACUCUGCGCAGAGUUGCACCUCAUAUCCCCACUUGCCUUAAAAAUUUGUAUAGUCUCCACGAAGAUGUUGAAGUAGGACGUUGUGUGCAAAAGUUUGCAGGUGUUCCAUGCACCUGGAAUUACGAGAUGCAGGCCAUUCUCCACCACAAUUCCAGUGGCAAUGAGGCCUUCACGGGGAAUCUGAAGAAUAAGGAAGUGCACAGUGCAAUAACACUUCAUCCUGUAAAGAAAUCUCCACUCAUGUACAGACUCUACGCUUAUAUGCACGGUGUGAAAGCGCAAGAAAUGCGUCAGGAAAUUCUCAUGUUGCAUCGAGACAUGUCGACGAUGAGUGAUUUGCUGCACAUUGCAAAAGCCAGCAGAAACAUUGCACCGGGAGUUCCAAUUUUCCCAGAGACUCUCAGACCGCCAAAGUAUUUGGGCGAUCAUGAGAUAUUGGGAAUCAAUCCAACACUCACAAAGAGGUAUCCAAAUACCAGUGGCGAGUUGAUCGAGUGGAACUUCAUUGCGAAGCACAUCUAUUCGGCGACACACUUCAAUCCGAAGCGGAAAAUUGAGAGCUCCGUGAAGGAGGGACUUGAAGAUAUCAUUAGAGAGAUUAUGGACAAUAUUAACAAUUACUCACGCCAACGAGGACGUGUGAUAGAAUUUCGUGAUAUCCUCUAUGCAUACAGUCGACUAAAUACUCUCUAUGGACAGGAUUUUAUCCUCGACAUGUUGCUUAUCUAUAAGAAGUAUCGCGGUAAGAAGAUGACCGUUCCCGUGAGAAGGCAUCUCUACAUUCAACGAGCCUUCACAGACAUUCAAAUCCGAGAGACGAGCGUCUUCGGAAUCAAUAUUACUACUGAGAAAGGUGCCUAUAAGGAAUUCACCGGGAGGGUGAAGAAGUUCUGGAAUACGGGUAUUGAAAAGCUAUCGAAUACUUUUACUCUCAAUACGAAUGAUAAAUCUGCAGUGGAAAAAAUCUUGCCAAAUAUUAUAUUUAUAUUGCCACUCUCCGGGCGUCUCAAUACCUUCAAGAGAUUUCUCAGAAACUACGAGCAGGUGUGCCUGAAGAGUGACACGAAAACAGACUUGUUGAUAGGCCUGUACAUUGAUGAGUCAUACAAUGAGGCUCUUGAGCUGGUGAAUCGGCUCAAAAUGCUGUAUCCCAGUCGCGAGAUCAACUCCAUCGAUCUCUAUGGGAAUUUCUCGCGCGGACUUUCGCUAGACUUGACUGCCAGAUCCAAUUAUGCCUCAACCGAAGACAUUCUCUUCUUCAUCGACGUGGACAUUGUCUUCACGACGGAGACGCUGGAGCGCGUGCGGAGUAACACGGUGCAACAGCAGCAGAUCUACUUGCCGAUAGUUUACAGCGAAUAUGGUCACGGUGACACGACGGAUGGACGCGAGAGUGUGGAUAUCACGAACGAUAGUGGGUAUUUCCGUGAGUUUGGCUACGGCGUGUGUGCCAUUUACAAGUCGGAUCUGCUCGCGGUGGACGGCUUCGUGACGGACAUCAAGGGUUGGGGUCUGGAGGACGUGAAGUUCCUCGAUCGCAUCAUCGCGUCGAGUCACGGCCGGGGAUCCGUUCUCAGUAAGAUUGGACAUGAAUUGAGGGUGUUCCGCAGUGUGGACACGUCUCUCGUUCACAUUUUCCACACAAUCCAUUGUGAUAAACUUCUAGACGAGUCCCAGUACAAGAUGUGCAUUGGGACCAAAGCCAAUACGAUAGGUAGCUAUAAAUUUAUUGAAUCGCUAGUAUUAACUAUGAACAAUUCCUUCGUGGCCACGAGGCAGCAGCCUUGAUUUUAUUUUGGGGAUUUUGUGAAUCAAAGAGAUUUUCUGUGCAGCAACUCAAGUGGGACUUUGUGUCUCCUACAUACCAAAAAAAACACACACAUAAAAGAUGAGUGGCAGGGAGUGGGAGUCAGUUGGGGAAGCAAUUGCAAGACAAAGUCCGUGUGUACGCGAUAUCAGGCUUUUUCGGCUAAUUCUCGUGUAAGUUAUGUUUAAACUUGAUCUCUAGAGACAAUUUUACUAUUAGAUCGUGAAGAUGCAAAUUGUAUUGUCCCCUCUUGUUAUUUUACAGUGCCUUGUUAAUUUUUAACUAUUCUAGAUGAUAUAGUUUAAGGCCAUAUUUUUUAUAUUAGUACGACUCCUAAGGUAAUAAAUGAAGCCCUAUUCAUUAAAACCAUGCAUAUUGUACAUAAUACCCUCAGAGAGAUUCCACUACAAUCGACCCUGCCGAAAAGGGAGGGGGAAGGUUUUCUAUAGCGUUGCCACAACGAAGAAAUGGGAUGUCUUACAAUUACACUGAAACGUCUCGAAGAAAAUGUCUGAUGAAUAAAAUGGAAAUGGCAUUUCUCUUCUCAUCGAGA